AUGCGCCUCAAGAACAUCGACGAGCUGCGAGGACGAGCCUCGCAGAAAAGCCGAGGGCGGAGCCGGAGCCGUAGGCGCCGUCCCAGGUGGCUGAGCUCAGAAGGAGAGCAGAGCCGCUCGCGGAGCCGGGGCCGCAGCCAAACGCGGAGCCGGGACCGGAGCCACUCCAGGGACAGCUCCUUCCCACCGCUGCGGCCACCACCCGCAGCCAAAGGGCAGUGGGAACAGCAGCCAAAACCACAACAACAACAAAAGAAGGGCGGAGUUAAGGUAAGCUGGGGGGCAGGCCCUCCCAAAUCACUGUUUCCGCACUCGGACAAUAACAAUAACGACAACGAACUUAAACUACUAAGGGAAGAAAACAAGGCUCUAAGACGAGAACUAGAGCAGAGUAGGAAGAAAACAGAACAACUAGAGGAGAGAAUCAAAGAACUAAUCAGGGAACUGCGAGAGCAAAGGGUGGGUAGCCUGCCGCGACAGCAGACUCCACCUCCAGCUAUGGAGCAACAGCCACAGCAGCCGGAAAAGGGAACCAUAGAAUUGCAAAUGUAA